AUGAUUAGUAAUUUUCAACAACAAAUCGAUUCUUCCAAUCCAAAUUUUACAAUUAAAUUUAUUUUGGAUAAUUUAAUUAAAUCAAAACAAAAACCUUUAGGUUUAGAAGGAAUUAAUGAGAUUGAAAGUGUUAAAGUUAAUUUAAUGGGAAUUGGUGGAUUUAUUUCUAAAUUAUUUCGAAUUAAAAUUAAAUUAAAUAAAAAUGAAAGAAAAGAAGAAUUUAAUUGUAUUUUUAAAAUACCAACAAUGGAAAAAUUGGAUGGAGAAGUAAAAUAUGACAGUAAAGGACGUGAGGAUUUAAUUGAAUGGAUAAAUCAUGUCCAUAAAUCAGAAUGUCGAUUUUAUGAUGAAGUUUUGCCAUUAAUUCAAAAUUCACCAAUUUCUUUAAAUUUUCGAAUACCGCAAGUUUAUGCCUUUAAAUAUUCUGAACAAUCCAAGGAUUUUUUACUUAUGGAGGAUUUAUGUUUUAAUAAUCAAAAAUUAUUUCAAGUAGAAUUGGCUGAUGGACUUAAUAAUGAACAAGUUGAAUCAGCAAUUUCUUCAAUUGCACAUUUUCAUGCCCUUAGUUUAAGCCUUCCAUCAAAAUUAAUUGAUUCUUUUAAAAAUCAUCCAAAUUUGGAUAUUGACGAGAAAAGUUUAAAAAUAAAAGAAAGAAUAUUUUCUACUCCAGACACAGCAGAAAUGUUUAAAGGAAAGGAAGAAAAACUUUUAAAUUUAUUUGAAAAUUUUGGUAAUUAUAGAAUAGAACAACAUAAGGAAUUUGGAUUAGAUCCAGUUAUUGUACAUGGAGAUACUUGGACAAACAAUUUUUUCUUUAAAAAAACAGAGGAUAAGGACAGCUCAGAAUUUGAUGCUUUAUUUGAUUGGCAAGUAGUCCACAUAGGUACAGGCAUAAACGAUAUUGUUCGACUUAUUUUUAUUUGUGUUGAUGCUGAAUUACGCCGAUUAAAUUCAAUUAAAUGGUUACAAAUUUAUGAAAAAUCAUUUAAUAAAAUAAUUAAAAAAUUGGGAAAAGAAGAAAAAAAUUUAAAAUCUUUUAAAUUAAUUAAAGAAAUAGCAAUUUAUCAUUCAAAAUAUGAAUGUUGUUUUCAAUUAUUUUUAAUUGCAAAUAUCUUGGGACAAGAAAGAGAUGAAACAAAAAGAGAAAAACUUAUAAAUAGAAUGAAAUGUUUAUUUAAUGAUUGCUGUAAAGAAAAUGGAUUUUUUAAUGAAUAA